UGAUUCCCUACGUACAAACAGUAUAGCAAAGCUUUAUCAAUCUCAAAAUUCCUCUACAAACAGCUGUCAAAAAUGUCACCGAUUCCAAAUCUCUUUGCCGACAACAGAAUCAAUCUCACUCCUUACGCAAUUCUCAUCCUCACCGCUAUCUUCUCGGUUUUCUGGUGGUACCUUUUCAAACGCCAACCGCAACCGCCUCUGCCGCCUGGACCGCGAGGGCUACCAAUCGUCGGAAACCUCCCGUUUCUUGACCCUGACCUUCACAACUAUUUCACAAACAUCGCUCAGAAAUACGGUCCAAUCUUCAAACUCAAUCUCGGCUCAAAGCUAACCGUCGUGGUCAACUCUCCAUCGCUGGCUCGAGAGAUCUUGAAAGACCAAGACAUCAACUUCUCAAACCGAGAUGUCCCUCUCACGGGCCGAGCCGCUACUUAUGGUGGUAUUGACAUCGUCUGGUUACCAUAUGGUGCCGAAUGGAGAAUGCUUAGAAAAGUUUGCGUUCUCAAGCUUCUUAGCCGCAAAACUUUGGAUUCUUUCUACGAGCUUCGACGCAAAGAAAUCAGGGAAAGAACGAGGUAUUUGUACCAGCAAGGUCAGCUAGAAUCACCGGUGAAUGUCGGAGAUCAGUUGUUCUUGACGAUGAUGAAUCUAACGAUGAAUAUGUUAUGGGGAGGUUCGGUGAAAGCAGAGGAGAUGGAGAGUGUUGGAACAGAGUUUAAAGGAGUGAUUUCUGAGAUAACUAGGCUUUUGGGUGAGCCUAAUGUUUCGGAUUUUUUCCCGUGGAUAGCAAGAUUCGAUCUUCAAGGGCUUGUGAAGAAGAUGCGUGUGUGUGCUCAUGAGCUCGAUGCUAUAUUCGAUCGAGCCAUUGAGCACAUGCAAAGGCUAAAAAGUAGGGAUGAUGAUGGUGAAUGCAAAGACUUUUUGCAACAUAUGAUGAAGUUAAAGGACCAAGAAGUUGACUCAGAGGUUCCCAUUACGGUUAACCAUGUCAAAGCCGUACUCAUGGAUAUGGUGGUCGGUGGUACAGAUACAUCAACGAAUACGAUAGAGUUUGCGAUGGCCGAGCUUAUAAGCAAACCGGAGUUGAUAAAGAGAGCACAGCAAGAGCUAGACGAAGUUGUCGGAAAAGACAAUAUUGUUGAAGAAUCACACAUCACUAGACUUCCUUACAUAUUAGCCAUUAUGAAAGAAACACUUAGGCUUUAUCCAACCAUUCCUUUGUUAGUCCCUCACCGUCCGGCUGAAACCGCGGUAGUGGGCGGCUACACCAUUCCUAAAGACACUAAGAUCUUUAUCAAUGUUUGGUCUAUUCACAGAGAUCCAAAUGUGUGGGAGAAUCCAACUGAGUUUCGUCCUGAGAGGUUUCUUGAUAAUAAAUCUUGUGAUUUCACCGGAACCGAUUAUAGCUUUCUUCCUUUCGGAUCUGGCCGGCGAAUUUGCGCAGGUGUAGCACUCGCCGAGAGGAUGGUCUUGUACACUCUAGCUACGCUAUUGCAUUCGUUUGAUUGGAAGAUUCCAGAAGGACAUGUGUUGGAUUUGGAAGACAAGUUUGGGAUUGUCUUGAAGCUCAAGACCCCUCUUGUUGCCUUGCCCGUUCCGAGAUUGUCCGAUUCAAAUCUUUACCUAUAGAAGCUAAGAUUGUAAUCUUUAGAAAUUCUUGUAUCAUACAAAAACAACAAAUUACUACCGGGUUUUUCGAGGUAAAGUACAAUGUAUUUAUAACGUUUUUUAAGCGUCAUAUGUGAUUCUAUUAUACAAAACCAAAUAAUUAUUACGGU